CUCUCCUCUCCUCACAACCCAAUCCGUCGCGAUCCACUUCAAGUUCCCCAAAUACCCAACACCGCAGCGCGCGCAAGCCGAAGCCCGGUUCGCAGUCGACGAGAAGGAGGAGAGAUCGAUGGCGCGUACGAAGCAGACCGCCCGGAAGUCUACCGGCGGCAAGGCGCCUCGCAAGCAGCUGGCCACCAAGGCGGCGAGGAAGUCGGCGCCGACCACCGGCGGCGUGAAGAAGCCCCACCGCUACAGGCCCGGCACGGUGGCGCUGCGUGAGAUCCGCAAGUACCAGAAGAGCACGGAGCUGCUCAUCCGCAAGCUGCCGUUCCAGCGCCUGGUGCGGGAGAUCGCGCAGGACUUCAAGACGGACCUCCGGUUCCAGAGCCACGCCGUGCUGGCGCUCCAGGAGGCUGCCGAGGCGUAUCUCGUCGGGCUCUUCGAGGACACCAACCUCUGCGCCAUCCACGCCAAGCGAGUCACCAUCAUGCCCAAGGACAUCCAGCUCGCCCGCCGCAUCCGCGGGGAGCGCGCCUAGAUCAAGCAUCUGCCUUAGCAACUUCCAUCGCCGGAUUGCUGCAAUGUAGUGUAGCUGUCCGUUCGUCGCCUCUGGUUUCAGAUCGUGUUAGCAAUAGGCAAUAGGCCACUUUUAUUUUGUUGUAAAAAAAUAUUCUUGUUGGUUACAUAGUUACAAUGACUCGUUUCCAUAUUUCGUCUAUAUGGUUGGCUUGUGCUAAAAUGCAAACAAAUGGCUCGUUGUUUCAGAGCAAUUCUGUAA